CCAUUUUUCCCAAGCCAAGAUUGAGACCAACAAGCACAGGACGCUAUUACUGCCUUGCGUAGAAGCUACUAAACGUCACCAGCAACGAUUCCACCAUUUUAUUCGUCCCUGAAGCUCGUGCUCCCGUCAGCGAACGUCUAGGUCUCUCUCCAUACAGCAAACUAGCGCUUUCGUGCGGACUUUGCAGUUGCUUUCCGUCACGAAAUCAACACUUCGUCACAAACCUUCAGGCAUCGACCUCCAUUGACCUCUGCUGCCAUCGGCGUCUGAAGCAGAACUUCACGCCGUGCAUAGCGGAUAGCGCCUCGUAAUUCGUGAACCGCGAAACUCACAUCGCCGCAUACGCGAGACAUGGCGUCGACGCGCAAGUUCCUGGUAGCCGUGGACGACAGUGAGGUGUCGGCGUACGCGUUCACGUGGGCCAUCACGAACCUCUUCCGCGCGGGGGACUCCGUGCUCGUGCUCACCGCCAAAAACUACGCGCCCGACAUGCCACUGCCCACCGCCGACAUCGCCGCAGGGGGCGAGUACGCGGUGCCGCUGGUGGCGCCGGUGUCGCAGGAGGAGCAGCUGGCGGUGGAGGAGCGGGCGCGUGCGCUGGUGGACAAGUACAUGCGCCAGUGCGAGCAGGCGCAGGUGGUGAGCGAGGGCGAGGUGGUGCAGGGCGACCCCGGGCCGCACAUCGUGAAUGAGGCAGCGCGCAUGGUGGCGGACGCGCUCGUUUUGGGCAGCCAUGGCCGCGGAAUUCUCGGCAGGACCUUUCUGGGAAGCAUCAGCGACUAUGUCAGGCACCACUCCACUGUGCCGGUGGUGAUAGUGCGGCAGCCCAAGGCAGGCGAGGCGGCGCACGACGCGCUGACGAGCUCGGGCAUGGCGAGGCGCGUCGUGAUCGCCGUGGACGAGAGCAGCGAGGCGGACUUCGCGUUCGCGUGGGCGAUGCGGCACGUGGUGCAGGACCGCGACCGCCUCACGGUGCUGCACGUGCAGAACCCCAUCGCCGCGCCCACCUCGCUCGGCAUCGCAGACCAGUUCGGCAUGGAGGACGUGUACAUGCCGCCCGACACCAGCAACCGCGCCAACGUGAAGGCGCUGGACGACAGCGAGAAGCUCGUCGAGCGAUUCAUGCGCCUCGUGGGGGAGGGCAGCAAGGCGGAGUGCGAGGGGCGGGUGGUGAUGGGCCCCACGGAGGAGCGCCUGGUGGAGGAACUCAAGCAGCUCAACGCCGACCUGGCCGUGGUGGGCACCAGGGAUCACGACGUCAUCUCUCGCACGUUCCUUGGAAGCGUCAGCGACUAUCUCGCGCACAACUGCCCGUGUCCCCUGGUGGUGGCGAAGAUGCCCAAGCCCGACUCCCGCCCCGGCUCCACGCAGGCCUCUCCGCGCGACUCCCACCAGCACGCCAUCUGACUCCCCCCCCCCUCCGCUGCCGCUGUCGCUGCCGCUGCCGCUGCUGCUGCCGAUGACUCUGGAAUCUGUACCAGCUUUUGUUGGGUGGGGGCAACUCCUGGGGUGAGGAGCACCCAUGGUGGCAGCUCUCGUAGCAGCUUUGGUGGCAGAGGGGCCAACAGCAGCAGCAACAGGGUGUGGAAGCCCAACUACAUUAGAGGCAGUGUCAGAGAUGUUCAGACAUUUGGAAUGGCAACAGUCAUGCACUCCACUGGAGUGCACAAGUUGGACGUAUCCCAACAUCGUCUCUCCUGCAUCCCGCCCUCAAUUGUCCUUGCUUGCCCCACCCCCUUCGCUCAGCCCUGCUCACACUCCUUGCUCAUAAAGCCCUACCACCUCUAGCUCUCCAUGCAUUCUGAUGCAACGCUUUUGGCUCACAUCACAUGUGUGGGUGGUCUUCAUUUGAUGGCUAUCAUCCCCCCUUCUAUGUAUUCGCUGCUAGCCCCCUUAGUGCUUUUGCUCGCUUGCCACUACUUUGUCAUUUACCCCACUCUACUCAAAAGCCAUGUUGGACUCGUUUCAUUGACAAGUCUGCCUUUGUGUAAAGUUUUUAAUUUUAGAGACAGC